AUGCCUAACUUGCAGGAUAUCCUCUCAGACGCCGGCGCUGCGAGAGAUGACGUUCGAAGGAACGCAGAGGCUCAGCUGGCGCAGGCGUCGGCUGCAAACUUUCCCGAAUAUUGCAAGGCAUUGGCUUCUGAAUUGUGUAAUGAGAACUGCACGAUUCCCGGGAUUCGGCAAAGGGCUGGCUUGGUGUUAAAGAACGCGAUUUCUUCGACGGACCCGAAGACCGAUGCUGCGUUGCGGGAUAAAUGGGUGAACAUGAUGCAGGGACCCGACAAGGAAAUGAUCAAGCGGUCGGUGUUGGAGUUGGUAUUGGUGCAGCAGACUAAGGCGGAAGAAGCACGUCGGACGGCUUGUCAAGUGGCGGCGAAGAUUGCUCGGUUAGAAGUGCCACUGAACACGUGGCCGGAGUUCUUCAGCGCGAUCUUGAUGACGGUGAACUCGCCUGCCCCGACGACCCCUGAGAGUCGCAUCGGCGCGUACUGCCUCUUGGGGUACUUUACUGAAGACGUGCAGGGGCUGUGUGAGGAGUGGGGACGGGACUUGAUGAGUGAUGAGAAUAAGGGACUAGUUUUAUCGAGCUUGAGCCGCGGCAUGACGGAUCCGAACUUGGACGUGAAAUUGGCUGCGUUCAAGGGCUUCUACCACGGCAUCUUGUUCGCCGAGCGAUUCGUGGCCCUCGACAGCGACCGUCACCAACUGUUUGUGCUAAUAGGAGAGGCACUUAAUUGCGACAGAAUUGAUGUAGCUAAGGCCGCCUGGGAGGUGCUCUUCCAAAUGGCGGAUGGCUACUACUUGUACCUGGACGAGAUUCUGAACGACAUCAUGAAGUUGACGUACGAACGCUGUCAGGCGCCCGCUGUUGCGCAGUACGAGGACAUUGCGCUCUCUGCAAUUGAGUUUUGGUCCACCAUUUGUGACGAAGAAAUUUUGAUAGGGCAAGAAAACCGGCCGGAACGUCUUAAGAACUACGUGGCCAAAUACAAAGACCACCUGCUUCCUAUUCUGUACGAAGCCACCACGUUCCGAGACGACGAGGAGACCGCGGAGGACAGUGACUGGUGUGUCGCAGUGGCUGCGGGAGCGUGUGUAGGAUUGUGUGCUCAGGUGCUAAAGGACGAUAUUCUGCCGAGUGCGCUGUCAUUCAUUGAAGCCAACUUUGGCAGUCCGCAAUGGAAUCGUAGGGAGGCUGCUGUGCUUAUUUAUGGAUCCAUUCUCGAGGGGCCUAGUAAUGAUAAAUUUGCGCCGAAAUUGCGGGCUUCUUUUCCCAUGUUGUGUCAAACUCUGAACGACCCUUCCGUCGUGGUACGGGACACUUGUGCGUGGGCUAUAGGAAGCAUAGCGAAGAAUCAUCUAAACGUAAUUGCGCCCUUCCUUGGACCCGUGAAUGGCGAGGGUGGACUGGUCCAGUUGCUGCUACGGAAGCUGGACGAUCAGCCCCGUGUGGCCAAAAACGCGUGUUUCGCGCUGUAUGAAAUUUUCGCCCGGUCGGAAAGCGUCAAGAACAUCAGCACAUAUAGUAUCAGCAGUAACUUCCGUCAGCUCUCGGCUGAGCUGAUUCAGGUCGCCAAACGACCGGACGGUUCGGAGAACCAGCUGCGUCAAGCCGCGUUCAACACCUUAUAUAUGCUUAUUUCUCAAGCCGACGUGUGCGAAGAUGUCGACCAGUUGUUGCGACAGUUCGUGACCUGGAUGGACCAGACCACCAAGCUGGCAUACACGGAGGAGCUUGGGCAGCUGCAGGGACCGAUGAUCGGCUGUAUCACGGCCAUCAUUGACCUGAGUUCGGACGCAUUGCUGCGGGCUGAAUCAAAGAAGCUGAUGGACUCGUUUAUGGACGUGUUGUACCAAGGCACCCAGAUAUCCGCGAACAACAUGAUUCAGCGUUGGUCGCCGGCGACGGAAGAGGUGCUGUUGGCUACCUCAAUGCUCUGUUGCCAGCUCGGCACCGGUUUCGACCCGUACGUGGAAGUGAUUGCCCCCACUCUCCGCAGCGCGCUAGUCGCGCGCGACAUAGACAGCCAGGUGACUGGCGUGGCGGUGGAACUUUUGGGAGGCAUCGCAACCGCGUGUCCGAACAAGUUCAAGUCGUACGUGUCUGAGUUUGUGGAGUUGUUCAUCAUUGUCCUUAAAGAUCGGUCAGCGGGGAUGGACCUGAAGCCAAAAAUCAUAACGGUGUUGUGCGACAUUGCCUUAGUCUGUCCUCACGAAUUCUUCCCGCACAUUAAGUCCUUCCUAGAGUUCUUAAGACUCGCUGCGACCACCAGAGCGGACCAAGGACCCGCCGACGAUGAGACGUGGCUCCAAUAUAUCAUCAACCUCCGGGACGCUUCCCUCUGUGGCUACUCAGCAUCCAUAUGCUGUAUCCGAGACUGCGCCCAAAACGGCUGGGAUCAAGCACAAGCCGUGAACGGAGUUCAAUUAUUUACUCCGGAAAUCAAUCGUAUUCUGGAGUUUGUUACCAAGGUCUUCAACGACAAAUUCUCGUCACCAGGCAAUAUUCGAAACGCAAUACGGCUGCUACAAGAUCUCAUCCCCAUGUUUAAAACAAACCCUGUCCAGGCUCUUAAAAAUUCCGUUCUAUAUAAUAUUCUCAAGACUCACGGACAACUCACUACAGAUGCCAUCAUAAAGCAAGAACUCGCUCGUCUCGAGGAGGUAAUCACCAAAACCAACACCCCUCCCCCCCUCCUUCCUAGUUACACCAGACAUCAGUGUUGUUUUAGAUGA